UCUCUCUCUCUCUCUCUCAUGCGCUCUGAGGUUCCAGUGCGGCUCAGAGUUUCAGAUGAACGCAGGAUGAGAUGCGGGAUAGAGACACUUCCACAUCUACAGCCUUUCUAAAAAAGCCAGAGACCACCGGAAACCUCUUCAUGAAAAGGGAGACGAGCUGAAACUUUGCACCAUGGGCAACUACCCUGGGAAAGAGCGGCAUGGAUCCGCAGGUACAGCUGAUGCAUUUCAGACACCUCCCACAUCCCCGACAGAUCACAUCUCACGUCUGUCUCCUGCUUCACCUGGUUAUGCCCAACCUCUCAACCUCUUAAGCCCCACCCACCUGGACCCUAACCCCUCCUUUGAGAGAACACCCUCCCCCACCACAACUGGCCCAAUUAGCAGUCUAUCUUCAGACGGAGUUGGACAUGAAUACAGAAACAUUCCUGUAUCUCUCACAAAGGGUGGCUCCAGUCCCACAAUCCCCUGCAAGCGGAGGCAGAAUUCAACAUCCACCUCACCUGUGCAGGUGGAGCCACCGUCGAGUGGGUGGGCUAAUUUGGGAGGGGUAGACUUGGAGCUUCUGCAGGAGUGUGUGGUUUCAUUAGGGCUCUGUGUGACAGACGAGAGGACACACACACUCUCAGAUCUGCUGCAGUGCUUUCUGACUGAAAGAGAGCAGAUGAAGGACGAGCUAAGGAGUCUGAAGGAAAAAAUCCAGAUAGAGCGCAGCGAGUGGCUGCAGUUCCAGUCUGACCUGCAGGUGGCGCUUGUGGUAGCCGACCGGCUGAGAGCUGAAGCUGAAGAAGAGCUGAACACUCUGAGAGAGGCGCAGGUGGACUGGGAGAGGCAGCUGACCGACUCUAGGCAGGGCCAGCGAGAGGUCGAAGGUCAAGUGGAGCGCUUAAAAGCUGAGCUCGAACAAAGCAAAAAAGGACUCAGCCAAAGGUCAGAGACUCCCAGCCAGCAGGGGGCGACAGAAGGGAGUGUACGGAGCGGUGUGGAGAGAUGGGGGAGUGAGCGAAGGACAGCAGAGGAAAAGAGGAAAGAGAAAGAGGCGGGAAGUACAGAAAUACUUAAAAAACAGUCCUCCUCCCCCACCAGCCUAGUAAAUGGUACAUCCCAGAAUUCUUUAGCACCGAUCACAAGUCCUGUGAACAAAAACAAUUUGACAAGAGAGAGGCUGAAUCUGGACCAGCAGGACAACUGGAUUAAUUUAUAUAAAGAUAAAAAAGAGGACAAUCCGUUUUCGCACUCGUCUCCUGUCAUAGAGCUUUCUCCAAACAAGCUGAGCAAGAUAAAGCCUCAGGAGGACUUCAGUAAGCUGCUCAGGCGUCACGGCGGAUCCAAACGCAACUCACUACUGCGCUGGUGUCAGAACCGAACCAUCGGGUAUAAGAACAUUGAGAUCACCAACUUCAGCAGUAGCUGGAUGGACGGCUUGGCUUUCUGCGCCGUGUAUCAUAGUUACCUCCCCUCACACAUCCCCUACGACACACUGCGACCGGAGAACAAGAAGGAAAACCUCUUGCUGGCGUUUCAGACAGGAGAGAGCGUGGGAAUCACCGCCUCACUGACCGCAGAUGAGAUGUUGAAGACUGAAGGCCCCGACUGGCAAAGGGUUCUGGGAUACGUGGAGAGCAUAUACUCCCAUUUUGAGAUGUGACCUCUGGACCUCCUGGAGUCAUUUCGAAAACUUCUUCUCACAUCGAAAUGUUCCAAGAGCAGAGAGCUUUCACACCUGAGCUCCACCAUCACCUGGACCAUCUGGAGUGACAGAAUCUAGAUGCGUACAAGUACAAGCACCGUGUGUGUGUGUGUGUGUGUGUGUGUGUGUGUGUGUGUGUGGUUCAUUUCAGAGAUUAUUUCCAAAGAACAGGAUAGAAUUCGAAAAUUGAACAAUAAGAGCUAUAUUUUUAGUAGUAAUGCACUUAGAAGGAGAAAUAACAAAACAAAACAGGAAGUAAAAACCAAAAAGUUCAGAGUUCAAAAUCAGCCUGGAUGUGAGCUAGGCUUGUUACCAUGGCAACCUCGGAUGGGGGGGGGGUUGGGGUGACGUCAGAUUAGUACAGUCUUUGCAUGUGAUAGUUUUACAAAAUAAUGCAAAAGAACUAUUGUGGGGAAAAAACUUCUGUACAAGUCACUUAGUGUAAUAAAAAAAAAGAUCCUAUGCCAUCACGUCAGUAGCAUUAGCAUUGCUAAAUAGUUAGCAUGAGAUUGUAAACAUUAGCACAGGGCUGCUUUUAGAUACCUUAUCUGAUGAUCGUCAUCAUCAUCGUCGUGGUCAUCUGUCAGACUGAUUAAAUGUAACUUAAACCCCGCCCUUGCUGACUCAGAGGCACCUGCGGCUGUAAAGUCAGCCAUUUCUGAUCUAGACUCUGUAUACGUUGGAUGUCGUGAGGUUUUUUAUUAUGAGUCACUCUGGUGUUUUUAAAGAUAUGAGAACUGAUAAGAAUCUUCAAGCAUCAACAAGUCGAGGAUUUCUGGAUUUCAGUCACGGUUCUGUGGUGUUAUUCACGCUCUCUUCUUCUCCAAGAGCGCUGAUGAUGGACUGAUUUCACCAAAACGAAACUCCAAUGUUUUUCUUUUUAAGGGUUUCAGCUCAUGUCCUGCUUUUGUAGCAUGCUACGUGUUUUCACAGUGUCGUGUGAACGUCGUGUGACUUUCCACUGGAUGUUUGGAUUCCCAGCACAUUGUACAGGAAGUCUUUUCUAAGAAACCUCUUGGUGGUUCUUCACUUUUGUCGUCUUCAAAAAAAAAGUAUAAAACAUCAGCAGCGUUAUUGCUGACAAUGUACCAAACUUCUGUAUUAACAUACUGCAAUGUGACCUUUAAAGUGCCUUUAAUGUGAUGUAUAUAUUAAAACUUGUCUUGUGCCAAAGUCAAUAACAUUAUUAAUAAAGACGUAUUUUCUUUA